CAGGAUUGAGGAAGGAAGCUCUUCCAUCACCACCUACUCUUUAUUCUGGUCCCUCCCUUGCUCAUCUGAAUGCCUAUCAUGAGAGCCUCUAAUUCACAUUCCUUUCUCUCUCAUGCACACCUUUUCGUGCUUUGCUUGCUACUAUUUGUGGUCACAAUUCAAGCUUCCAAAAAGAGAGCCUCAGCCAUGUAUGUGUUUGGAGACUCCACAGUAGACCCAGGAAACAACAACUUCAUAAAAACAGCUUUCAGAAGCGAUUUUCCACCCUACGGUAGAGAUUUUCUUAACCAAGCUCCCACCGGAAGGUUCACCAACGGCAAACUUGGCACUGAUUUUAUUGCUUCAUAUUUAGGCCUAAAAGAUUUGUUGCCACCAUAUUUGGAUCCAAAUCUCAGCGACGAAGAACUUGUAACGGGUGUCAGUUUUGCCUCUGCUGGUUCUGGCUUUGACCCACUAACUCCAAUUCUGGGAAAUGUAAUUCCAAUACCAAAGCAGUUGGAAUAUUUCAAAGCAUACAAAAAGAGGAUAGAGGGUGUGCUUGGUAAGCAAAGAACCGAAAAUCAUAUAAAGAAUGCAGUAUUUUUCAUCAGCGCGGGUACAAACGACUACGUCAUUAAUUAUUUUCCGGUGCCAAUACGAAGAGAAAGCUACACCACCUUAACCUACGGCCACUUCUUGCUUCAACAUGUAAAAGAUUUCAUACAGAAUUUAUGGAGAGAAGGUGCUCGAAAAAUAGCUGUGCUUGGACUACCUCCGAUAGGAUGCUUGCCGAUCAUGAUCACCUUCAAUUCCCAUAAUGUCUUUCUCGAACGUGGUUGUGUAGACAAGUAUUCAUCUGUUGCAAGAGAUCACAAUAUGAUGCUUCAACAUGAAUUGUUCUUCAUGCAACUAAAUUUCUCUAAUCCUGCUGGUGCUAAAAUCUCUUACAUCGACACAUAUGGACCCUUGGACAACAUGAUUCAAGUGCGUCAAAAUCUAGGUUUUGAUGAGGUUGAUCGCGGUUGUUGUGGAAGUGGUUACAUCGAAGCGAGUUUUCUGUGUGAUGGGAUUUCGUAUGUGUGCUCUGAUCCAUCAAAAUUUGUCUUCUGGGAUUCAAUUCACCCUACGGAGAAGGCAUAUUAUGACCUAUUUUUGGCAGCCCGUCCCAAAAUCGAUGCCCUUAUCAACGACUAAGAUUCCUACAAUGAAUGAUAUAUAUUCUGCCCCCUCAAUAGUUAGAUAUACUUAAUUAGAACAAAAAAAGGGGUGGGGGUUGUAUUGGAAAAUUUGAAAGAAGAACAACUAUUUUGUAUAAGUCACCCCUUGUGUUUUCUAGCGUCAUUUACUCGGUGUUAUGUUUUAGUAGUGUGUUUUCAAGAUCAUCAAACAAAAUUGUCUUUUAA